AGACACUCCCUCCACUAAUGCAGAGGUCAUGAGUCGCUGCACAGAUGGAAUAUGCAUCCAUCUCGUCUGCAUCGCCUGUCAUGCACCCGUUCUUUCAAAGGGAUGCAGUACAUCAGCGACCACAGUCUCAUCCUCUACAACAUGAGAUGAAUUCGACACCAUUUCCCUCAACUGUUCAGCAUUCUCCACCCUCCUAUCCCCCAUCAGCAGAAUGUCGACACCAUUUGAUGCAAACCCAUGAUUCCACUAGCCCGCUCCCUGCAGAUGACCAUGCGCAAUAUGAGACACAUCACGCAGAUGAUGGAAGAAAACGAAGGAAGGUCUCUCUGGAGCCAAAUCUUCCUCUUAAGCAAGACACCGAAUGCUCCCAGCUGGCUGAGCAAGAUACAUGGAUAGAUCAACUAGGAGACGCGGAAGCUACCCCACUACACGGGAACGGGUUUGCAGCGCCUGCAGACUUGGACCAUAAUCCCGUUCAACAACACGUCGACCAAGCAUUUCCUCCAACUCCUCAGCCAAACGUCGUGGAGUCCGGCGCAUCUAUAGAAGAGCCUUUCAGGGCAGAUGUGGAAAUUGAGCUGCAAGAUCAGGACCCCGUCGUGUCCAGCGUUACACAAAAUGUCCAACAUACAGCACCGCUUGUAGAAACGACCGCGUCAGCUUCCACGCCGGAAGAUUCCUCCUCGUCUAAGGACAAGCAAACAGUGACACCAAAAAGAAAGUCAAUGCGGAUUGGUCGCAAUGGGAAAUUAACCAGUUCUCCUCAAGACACUAUCCAACGCUCUCCUAAACUACACAACAAAAUUCUCGGUAACAAGUCUACACCGAUUCCGGAGCCAAAGAAAUCGAAAACCCGGGCAAGGACAAUUGAGGCCAAGAAGGGAAGAUUGGUCUCCUCUCUUGUUGUCGCUUUCAAUUACCAAACUCCAGACCUUGGCAAGAAGAUCGAUGAGAUAUUGUCUGGUCGAAAAGAUGCCACUAUCAGAAGCACCUCCUUGACUUCAGAACCACAAUCUCAACAGAAGUUGAACAUUGUGGCCAAAAAAGCUGUGCACCCAUUCUUUUCAACCAAACCAGCCCCAAAGCUUCCACUCUCUUCCCUUGCAACCAGUGACCUGUCCUCCACUGCCCCCACUUCCGAGGAUGAGACCCAAAGAACGAGUCCAAAGGCUCCAAAAUCCUGGAAGGACAUUAUCUUCACGUCAAAACGGCCGCUGCAGAAGUUUUUCCUCGGUUCUGAUCCAAUUUGGCCUCCCCUGGAGACACACAAUGUUCAACCACAACAUCACUUCACCGCUCUCCCCGGUAUUCCACGACCAAACGAGAGCAAGUUCAAAUCAAAGCAACUACAGUCUGAAGUUUGUCCCGAAGAAGACGUUCUGCAACGUUUCCAGGAUGUCAUGAACUUUCAUCACUCUGCGCCUCUUCACAGGCCCACACGAUUGGUCGUGAGCGGCAAAGCGUUGUCGAUCUCGGUCGACUGUAGCAAUCAAACAGAUGAUGACACUUUCAGACCAUCUCUCGAAUCUUUGGAGUCGAAAAUCUUGUCACGACCUACCGCGUUUGAUCGAGGCAUGGCGUCUGAUACACAUCUAUGGUCUCAGGAAUAUGCCCCCAAAAGAUGGCAAGAGGUUCUCCAAGCUCAAAGCCGCAUCUUGUACGACUGGUUAAUUACACUCCAAGUACAUCAAGUCCAAUCUGGCCAGGCCCAGGCAAAAUUAAAACCGCUGAUACAGAAGAAACGUCGCAAACGGAAGUCGGACGAAAUGGAUGACUUCAUAGCACACUCAGAUGACGAUGAAGAGGAUGGUGGCCAAUGGCCGAAGAAUGCCAUCUUGCUUGUGGGACCUCCCGGAUCUGGCAAGACUGCGUCGGUGUAUGCCGUCGCUCAGCAACUCGGCUUCGAGGUCUUCGAGCUUCACCCGGGCAUGAGACGCAACACAAAGGACAUCUUGGAUAAGGUUGGUGAUAUGACUCAGAAUCAUCUUGUGCAACGCGCACCGGAGGUCUUGAGCCGUAGAUCUAGCAUCUCUGCGAGCGAUGCUGAGUCCAUAACUCCCUUACCUCUUGCACCAGGUGCAGACCAGCAAGGUAUCGCUGCAUUCUUGGGGAAGGACAAGCAAACCAGAAAGAAACCCUUGAAACACCAAUUGGACACAGACACAACCAACAAGGACAUCAAGCCCAGGCAACAAAAACAGUCCCUCAUUCUCUUUGAAGAGGUCGAUAUCUUGUUUGAAGAUGACAAGGGAUUUUGGUCUGGAGUACAGUCCCUGAUUCGGACAUCAAAACGGCCUGUCGUCAUGACGUGCAAUGACCCAACCUCGAUUCCUUUCGAUGAACUGGAUCUCUUCACAAUUCUGACAUAUGCUCAGCCAGCUCCAGACAUAGCUAUUGAAUAUCUCCAUAAGGUAGCAGCAGCAGAAGGCCAUCUUCUAGAAAUGGAUGCGAUUCAAGGUCUAUACCUUACCAAGGGCUGCGACCUUCGGGCCUCAAUGGCAGAGCUGAACUUCUGGUGCCAAAUGACGGUUGGUUCAAGUCAAGGUGGACUUGACUGGUUCAUGCCAGACCAUGAACGACAGCAAGCGUCCGCCGAUGGCUCUAUCGUCAGAAUUGUCAGCAAAGACACCUUCUUGGCCGGCCAUGACCUCUUGCCUGAAGCACUUUUCGAUGGCGAAGAUCUCAUAAGGUUCGCCCACCAAGAAUUAGGUAUUUCACCCCUGGAUUGGGUGGUCGACACGAACUUCGGAACAGAAAGCCCACCUACAUUGGAAGGACUCGAAUUGUGUGAGUCUCUCUGCGAAGCAAGAAGUGCACUUGAUCUCCUAGACGAUAGUGUUGCGCCCAUCCUUGCAAGCAAGAUCCAAGACCAAUCUUCGUCAACCGGAUCUUUGGCACGUGAAGAAAUCAUCACACGGUACCUUGCAAAUUUUCCAUCCGCGGCCGACCACCUGUCUCCAUACUCGGUCCUGGACACGCUCGCCGUUCUAUCGGAAGAACCUCGAAUUGGUCUUCCUGGCCCACCUGGGCGCAAAUCGCCUUCUCUUGAUACUAGUUCAACAGCUCUGGUGACAGAAGUUGCACCAUACAUACGUGCCAUUGUUGCUCAUGAUCAACAACUCGAAUUGUUUCGCAGCGAGAUCAACGCCGAUGGGUCCUCUCAGGGAAGCAACAGGAAACAGCGAAAGACGCGAGCGUCCAGGGCGGCACAAGAGGGUACCAACAAGGCCUUAACCAGACGUGACAAGUGGUUUGUCGAAGCCUUGGACUUCGAUGCCGUGCUUGCCACAGGAGGAAACUGGCCUCGGCCACAGUUCGCCAGAGAAGAGAGCUCAUCUGUGUUGGAUCAGCCGAGCCAAGUAUCUGCAGUUGAAUCAGACGAGUUGGAAGCAUCAUUUUCCCAGAAUGAGUAAUGACCAAUUCCAGAGGAAGGAAAGGUUGCGGACAUGAAUGAUCUAGACAACCGGUAUCAUACAUACGUGAUGGC